AUGGGAACAAUGGACGUCAUAACACUUGAUGAUACAAUAGAUAAUGAUGCUUCCCUCUUUAUAAUUGAUGAAGAACCCAUACUUGAACCGUCAGCUACUACUGUCAUGAAAGAAGUUACAAAUAAACAGACAUCAAAGAGGAGGAAAAGAAAAUCCGAUAAUAAAAAGAUGGGCAAAAAUAAAAAAAUUAAUUCAGAUAUGAAAAAAAAAUCAAAGACCCAAUGGUUAGUGUUAGGACCUAAUAAAGCUCAAUCAAGUGAGAGUAUCAUAUCCCGAAUAAACAGUACCAAUUCAAGUUCCACUAGAACUACUAGUGAAAGUCGAACUAGUUCUGAGAUGGAUAUCUAUAGUAUAUCGUCCAGCUUGCUAAGUUCAAACAAGUCGAAGAAAAGUGAUCUCGAGACCAUCGUGAUCCAAAGUGAUGAAGAAGAUGAUAUGGAUGUCAUUGAACUUUCUGAUGAAGAAGUGGGUACAAUUGGAGGCGAGCUAUCUAAAUCUGUGCACAGGGCUCAGGGUCAGCUAUCAGCAUUCCAGAAGCGAGGAGGAAUAAUAACCAAAGCGUGGCCUAAGUCUCCGCAGAAGAAGCGUUCACCUCCAGUCGCAAACUCUUCCUCAAAAAUUCAACCAGGAACAUCUCGCAAUUUGAGGCCUAUCGUGAUCGAUGGGUCUAAUGUAGCCUUUGGGCAUGGAUGUCGAACAGGGUUUUCCUCCAAAGGCUUGCAGAUAUGCUGCGACUAUUUCUUGAAUCGGGGGCAUACCGUCAAGGUGUUCGUCCCUCAGUUCAGGCGAAGACACCACGCCACUUCGGACUUCCACAUCCUAGACAAACUGGAAAAGGAAAAGAUCCUUGUCUUUACUCCUAGCCGAAAGGUUGAAGGGAAGCAAGUUGUCUCGUAUGAUGACAGGUAUAUUGUUGAAUAUGCAACCAAAUGUGGUGGCGUUAUUGUAUCAAGAGACAACUAUCAAGAUCUGCUUGCUGAGAAUUCAGAAUGGAAGGAAACUAUAAACAAAAGGUUAUUGAUGUUCACGUGGGUCGAUGAUAUGAUUAUGUUCCCACAAGAUCCCCUCGGAAGAACCGGCCCAUCGCUUGAAGAAUUCCUCUCAUUUCCCCCUGAAACGUCUAAAGGGGAUACAAAAGCGGCCUCAGUCACCACGAAGUAG